AUGUCGAAAAUAGCAAACAGAGACUACGCAGCUCUUAAUCUCUCCGGAGACAAUUAUUUGCAGUGGGCGCUAGAUACAAGGAUCAGUCUAAAGUCCAAGGGACUCGGUGAUACUAUCACCGAGGACAACAAUGAGAAUGAAAAGAAUAGAUACAUGGCCAUAAGCUUUAUGCGCCAUCAUCUCAUUGAAGGUCUUAAAGAUCAGUACAUGACAAUUGAAAAUCCACUAGAUCUUUGGAAUGCUUUAAAGCAUAGAUAUGAUCACCAAAAGAUGGUGUUGCUUCCAAAGGUAAGGCACGACUUGAUGCACCUAAGAUUCUUAGACUAUAAGUCAGUGGAUGAGUACAAUUCAGCCUUGUUCAAGAUAGUUUCAAUACUAAGGCUUUGUGGUGAAGAAGUAUCCGAUAUGAUGAUGCUUGAAAAGACCUAUACGACUUUCAAUCAGUCGAAUUCUGUGUUGCAAGAGCAAUAUAGAACAAAAGGUUUUGCCACAUAUACUGAUCUGAUCUCGUGUCUACUCUUGGCCGAGGCAAACAAUGAGCUCCUAAUGAAGAAUAGUGGAGCCAGACUGGCCGGGACAGCACCAUUACCCGAAGCCCAUGAGGUUGAAAAGAAAGAUCCCAAAGAGACCUACUACGCCCAAGACAAUAGGAAACCAUACGGCAAUAGCCGUGGUGGGUACAAGAGGCGUGGACGUAACAAUCAGAACGGUCGAGACAACUACUCAACCGGCCGAAAAGGAAACCACAAUAACCGUGGUCGUGGUUCCAAUUACGGCCUGGGCCGAGGCAGUUACGGCCGUGGACUAGGUGGCAUAUCCAAACCAUCUUACACGUCCAAGUGA